AUUCAGUUACUACUGGAUUCAUCGUAACACAUCCCAUUAUGCAACUAAAGGAAAAAGGAAAAACCCCCAAUGGAUUAGUUCUUUAUAUAAUAAUAUAUAAGAAAAAACUUGAAAAGAAUUCAUUACAUAAUCUCCGAGAAAAAGUUAUUGUUCUCAACGCUGCCAAAGCUUAUCGAAAUGAAUCUGAUAAGGUCAGGAGAUACUAUGAUGAAUUUGUAAAAAAACGUUUU